AUGGAGUCGCUGUUUGUGCGGUCGCUGGCACUCGAGUCGGUGGCCGCAGGUAGCGCGCAGACGCUCACGAGUGCCGCACGCACGACCGCUGAUACCACGUUUGCGGUCGCUACUGGACGCGAGGGUGUCAUCCGCGUGUACGCGGGCUCGUGCUCCGCGUUACUUCACGAGUUUGCGUCCAUUCACCGUCGAGUCUACGCGUUACAUUACACGAGCUUUUCGGACAGUUUAGUGACACUCGAGAGUGACGUCACGCGGGUAGGGGAGCGGAAACCAGCUGGCGACACGGGGACCAACACGGACGACGAUGAUGACGACGACGAUGAUGACGAUGAUGAUGAUGCUGAGACAUUUUUGUGUGUGUACCACGACUGGCGGGAGCGCCACAUGGUGCGGGCGUACACGUUGCCGCUGGGGGUGCUCGAAAAGCCGUCGUCCAAUCAAAAGGCCGAUUGCGUCGCCGUCUGUAGCUUUACCGGUCGCGUUGUUGUUGCAAUGGGGACGCGCCUCAACAUCUGGCAAUGUAGCCAUCACUUCUUUGAGCACGUGAUGGAGCUCAAAGUGGACAUGGCCCAACGGCAUGCGUUCAUGCAACUCGAGUACGUGGCCAUCCACGGCGUCUAUGUUGCCUAUGCUUCGCAGACCGAGGUACGGGUGAUGGAGAUCCACGUGAGGAGCUCGAAGGAGUCACCUCCAUUGGACUCGGCCGCAGUCGCAGACAACACGACGGUCUUGGAGAACUACAGUCGCAAGCACAACGAGCGAGAGACAGUGCCUGAAGAUGCCGCGCAUUGCCUGCACAUUGCAAGUCUCGACGACUUGCACGCGAUCGUGCAAGUGCCCGUCGCGGGCUCAGCCUAUAGCACAAUGGAAGCAGAUACAAGGCAGGAACAGAACGAGCAGCGAAUGUUUGACGAGCACGAGCAGGUCCCCAUGGUGCUCGGACGCAACGAAGCUCAGCAAGAGAUGUGGAAUCUGGCAGGUCUGGUGAAAGCUCAGGAUAUCCGUGCGAACCAGGCCAUGUCGUACUACAUCAGCGAGAACGACGUGCGCGUGCUGUUGCGACGCUACUUGCCUCCAAAUCACAGCGUGCAGUCACUCAAGUUCCUGCCUGAGACUAUCGAUAACCGCAUGUGUGUCGAGACGAGGAGCUACACGCGUUUGCUGGUCGCCACGGAGAAGAACGCGUUUAUUUACUACUUUUUGUCGGAAAAGGUCGACUUGACGAGGAAAAAGAUGUCCAAGAAGGUGCUAGGAUUGACCGAGCGAUCGAAAUCGAGGGGCAUGCACAAACCAAUUCAAGUUGGAGAGGCAGCUGUCAAGCAAAGAAGCGAUUCGUUCACUAGUGAGCGAGAAGAUAGAGACGAGGGCAACGAUGAUGCAGACGGUUCGAUGGAGUCAGGAAGGGUCGUGAUGCACUACAGCUUCACGUCGAUUGUCACCAGCAUCACGGCCAACAGCUCUUUUCUUUUUGUCGCAACGCUGUCUGGACUGCAAGUAUGGUCCAUUUGGAGUCCAUGUCACUACGUGGCAGCUAGUCGCGCAUUGAGCAGGUCACUCGUACCUCAGCCUUCACAGCCCCAGCUGUUGUGCACGCAACCCAUCCCGUACCCGGUGUCACAGCUUGCUGCACUUGACUCGUACGUCGUCUUGCUCCCACACGGAAAUUCGUUCGAGAGUCAGAGAUCGAACGGCAUUUUGCAGCGUGCAAGUCUAGCCGCAGGCGAGCGUCUUCCAGAAGCUGAGUUUGAGUUGCGCUCACCUCUUGGCAUCAACGGAAACCCGUGUCGACGCAGUAUCGUCAUUUUCGAGCAGAGUCCGCCAUCGUUGAUCUUUUCCUAUGUGCGUCAAGGCGUGCUAUCCGUCGAAAGCGGCGCCUUGAGACCGUACCAGAUCGACUUGCUGUUAAGCUUGUUUUCGCUGUACCGUUAUCGCGCUGAUGUGGGCUUUGACUUGCUGCGUCUUGCAAUCAGCAAUGACCCGUUUCGACGGGAGGUCGUCGCUUCGAUGUCGGAUCGGAAAGAGAGACUGGCGCUCAAGCUUGAGACAGAGUUGUACGACCGUCUUGCUAAGGAAUGUGCGGCAGACCUAGCGGCCAUCUUCUUGUCGGAGCAUCAUCGCAAUUUAGACCGGGCUGCUCUCCUAUUUGUUGCGUCAAACGUCCCCUCCAUCGAGGUGAUGCACCGUCUCCAGGCUCUUGUCGGGACAGUGGAUCGAUCGGAGGUCAUUGACGCUACGGGAAAAUAUCUGGAUGCAUUCGUCUAUCCGCCUCCCAAGUCUCUUGCCGAUAUUUGCUCGUAUCAACCUGCGCAAGGCGUUAACGCCGCCAAUGCCGAGUUCACGAGAAUCGUGUUGUCACACUACGGCAAAUACUUUCCCGAGCAACUUUCCCGCCUGAUCGUCGAUUCGUCAUUGGAAUGGACGCUGAAAGACAUCGCAUUUGCACUCAAGCAAUUGGGAGAGUCUUCAAGCCACAGCGUCCGCGUGAAAAUUGCACGACUUGUGCUCGUCUUGCGUGCGACUGCCUUUCCCGCAAAAGACUGGCACGUUUUCCGGACGAUGGAGGGAUUGCCUGUGGAAGACUUUGACACCAAUUGCUCGUAUACUUCCAUGCUGGCUCUGGUGGAUGAGCUGUUGCAGAACCACGUCGAUGAGCUUGUGCACUUAGCAGUGACACACCCGAAUCUGCUUAUUCAAGAAGUAGUAAGCACUGCGAGCAAAGAGAGAGCAGGCUGCAGACGCUUUUCCAGCUCCAACCUGACAAAAGCGUUGCUCGAAAAUGCUCCGCUGAGAUACUUGGACAUUCUGGAACGGAUCUUCAACAGCGCAAUCGGCAGUCAAGAGACCAUCCAGUCGACACUUUGUUUUUGCUUGAAUGCAAUCGGUGAAGCUGCAGCUACGUCAGUGACAAGGAUCGCUUCGGGCGCUUCGUCAUCUUCGUCAUCAGUAGGUGAGGUACCACCUUCAGCCACACCUUUCGUCCCCGAACAUGCUCUUGUACUCCGCUUUCUGGUGUUUGCACUUCAGAUGUUUCCAGCGCUUGAGAAGUUGUCGGAAAAAGAAGAAGUACAGGAUGACGAGGAGGACUUGCACAAUGCCAAAGCAUCUGUGGCAGCAGAGUUGUUGCGUCUUUGCGUCGAGCUCAGCUCAUUGUUCCAUGGUUCGGUAAACAACGACGAGAGCGGACAUGUGGAAUCAAUGCUGUGCAAAUUGUUCGAGCCAGUAGUCUUGGAAGCGCCUACGAACGUCCAUCUCUUCAGCUGGGUGCAAGAGUACCUAGACACGCGCUGUCUGCCGACGACACCCGGAUUGCGCACAAUCCUCGAGUUUCUCUUCUACCAGGUUCUAAGCUUGCUGCACGAACGGAGCUUGAUCAGCCCCCACGACGUGCUGUCAGCGCACGAGGUGUUUGACGAAAGCUCUCCAGAACAGAUGCGAUGGAACCUCGAAAACGAUUUGGCCGCACUUGUUGUCCUUCUGACGCUGCCUCGCGUUUCCAGAACGGUGGACGGAUUGAAGCUCAUUGCCCAACGCGCUGACUUCAGUAAUUUAUUCUUGCCGUACGGCAAGAGCUUCUGCACCACCCUGGAUGAAUGGCGCUUUCUGAUCAGCACGUUGUCCCCAAUCUCGCUACUAUCAACGGCGGCACGUAACGGUGCGGUUCGCCCCGAAGACGCAAUUCUGGAGAACAUUCUCAACCACAUAUGCUUGACACUCAGCCCUGAAGAAGUACUCCAAGUUUUGCCCGACGACGGUGAUCUCGAGCUGUACUUGUCAACGAUAGAGGUCAGUCUGCAACUGGACGAGGUGCGGAAAAAGCAGGAGGAUACUACCCGGAUGGCGAACGCUGUAGGAGGAUGA